CUCCUUCGUUGUAUGGACAUUCGCCGCAUGGGGUACAUGUAUAAUGAUAUUAUGGAGAUAUCAUCAUGCAUGUUGAGUUGAUCCAGAAUGCGUUGCUUCGUAACCCCAUCCUUAAAGUGGCUAGCUAUUCUAAGCGUCCUCCCGGCGACGUAUCAAUAGACAUCUCCUUGCUGGGUACCUGCAGACUCCAAUUCGAUACAUUCUACGGAGUACUCCAAUCAACGAAUCCUUGUUUAACCUGCAGACUUGUAAUCGUCCUUGCACUGAUAUUAUGCAUUCCUUUGGAUGGAGUACAUGGUCAUAAUUUCUCCCCAGGCCAACCAUGAGUUCCAUACGUCGAUGAUUGGUCGCGUGUAACAUCCCGUACUACUAUUU